ACACACACACACACACACACAGGUGUGUUCUUGUAGCAGUGACCUCCAUUACAGAUGAACCCAUUCGCCAUACACUCUAAAAUCACUCUUCCUUUCACCAUCCAACACCACCACAAAACCACACUCACAAUCACCAGGCGCGCAAUUUUUUUCAAACCGCCAUGUUUCAGCCGCUUCAAUUACCGCCAAAACCCAGUUUCUAAGGUUGUGAGAAGCUCAAUGGGAAAAGAAAACAAUGUAUUGGAUGGUAAAGAAGCCGCAUUGCUUGUAAAUACUUGCAUUACGCGUAAUUUGCCGCCGGUGUUGAGUUUAGAGCAAGGAUUGGAUAUAAUUAAGGAUGCCGUCGAUGAAAUUAAGGCCAAUCCCCCUUCUUGUUCAAGUGGGAUGUUCAGAUUCCAGGUUGCGGUGCCUCCGAGCGCAAAAGCUUUGAACUGGUUUUGCUCUCAACCCGAGCAAUCGGAGGUGUUUCCUUUAUUCUUCAUAUCGAACGAGAAGGAGAAUCCGACGUAUAAAUCACUUUCAUUAGGCAGAAGCAGAGGGGUUUUCGGUAUCGGCUCGGCUGUCAACUUUAGGGGGCCGCCGCCCCCUCAUGCUUCAGAAAAAGGCAGUGCUAUUCAGAGAUAUCUUAGAGCUGAAUCAACAUCUUCAAAGGCUUACGGUUUCUUGGAUAUCGAGUUUGAUACGGAGACAUCGACUAUAAAGCAUCAGAGCGGUUCGUUUUACCUUUUCAUUCCCCAAAUUGAGUUGGACGAGUUUGAGGAUAUCUCUUUCUUACAUGCAACAUUGGCAUGGGACGACUCGUCACUCUGUACUUUUACCGAAACUGUUCAGAAAUUUGAGCUCGCUUUCGACCAGGCCAGACAUUCCUGUGCAAAUAAUAGUAGCCAGUUGAUUCACUCGUCUCUAUCAAAAUUCAACAUUGCAGAAGAACAUACGGAGAUGGUACGUCUGAAUGCUCUCUUACUGGACCGGAAGAAUCUCGAAGCCAGCGCAUUGAAACUGGAAGAUCCUUCAUCGUUUUGCAACCAGUUCUCCGCCAGGCUGUCACCAUCUUUACUAAUUGCAAAUAACAUGCACCAAAAAGACGACACGAAUAAACUCGACUAUCUAACUAAAGAUUUUCCCAACAUCAAUGCCUUGUGGGCAUCCCUUAUAGUUGAAGAAUGUACUCGACUCGGUUUGACGUAUUUCUGUAUAGCUCCUGGAUCGAGGUCGUCUCCUCUUACAAUUGCCGCAGCCAGUCACCCCCUCACAACUUGUAUUGCAUGCAUCGAUGAACGAUCACUCGCAUUUCAUGCUCUUGGUUUCGCCAAAGGCUCUCAGAAGCCAGCUGUCAUCAUUACAUCAUCCGGCACAGCUGUCUCAAAUCUUUUUCCCGCCGUAGUGGAGGCUAGCCAGAAUUUUGUGCCGAUGGUGGUGCUUACGGCAGACCGUCCACCUGAGCUGAUUGACGUCGGGGCAAACCAAGCAAUCAAUCAGGUCAAUCAUUUCGGAACAUUCGUGAGGCAAUUCUUCAGUCUUCCUCCUCCAUCCGACGAAAUUUCCGCAAGAAUGGUCCUGACAACAGUCGAUUCGGCGGUGUCUAAAGCAACGUCUUCACCAAGCGGUCCUAUACACAUCAACUGCCCAUUCAAGGAGCCACUAGCGUACACUCCGAGAGAUUGGAAUCGCAAAUGCUUAAACGGAUUGGACUUUUGGAUGUCGAAUGCGAAACCGUUCACCACGUAUAUUCCGCUACAAAAUUCACUGACACGCAAUAACACAAACGGCCACAUGACCGAAGCUUUGGAAUUAAUUCGAGCGGCGAAUAAUGGGAUUUUAGUGUUCGGUUCGAUUCACAAAGAAGACGACAUGUGGGCAGCGCUUUUGCUAGCUAAACACUUGCUGUGGCCGGUUAUUGUUGAUGUCCAAUCAGGGUUAAGAUUAAGGAAGUACUUAUCUUCGAUUCUUGAUAGGAAGGAUAUAUUAUUCGUUGACCAGGUCGAUCAAUUGUUGUUGUCGGAUUCUGUUAGAGAUUGGAUGAAGGCUGAUGUCAUCAUACAGAUUGGAAGUCGGAUAACGGGGAGACGAAUUUCUCAGAUGAUAGAACAGUGUUGUCCUUGCCCUUACAUCAUGGUCGAUAAUCAUCCUAGUCGACAUCCUAGUCGACAUGAUCCUUCUUACAUCAUCACACACAGAAUCCACAGUAGCAUCUCACAUUUCACUGAAUUCUUGAUUAAAUCUUGUCUCCCAGAUUUAAGCAAUAAAAGAAAGGAAUUUAUACGAGGAUUGGACAUGACGGCUGCAUGGGAAAUAUCGAAUUUUAUUAAUUCCGAGAAAUCGCUGACCGAGCCAUACGUGGCAAGAAAAAUCUUCGAAAAUAUUCGGUGUGGAUCAGCUUUAUUUUUCGGAAACAGUAUGACAGUGCGUGAUGCUGACAUGUACGGUAGUAAUUGGGUGCAAAGCACCCAUAAUGCUUCGCUCAUGAUUAGCUCCGGUUUACCGUGCCACGGGGUCCACGUCAGCGGAAAUAGAGGUGCUAGUGGUAUUGACGGUUUGAUUAGUACUGCAGUUGGAUUUGCAGUUGGCUGCAACAAACGAGUUCUUCUGGUGAUGGGAGAUGUUUCGUUUCUGCACGAUACGAAUGGAUUGGCACUACUGAGACAACGGACAUCUCGGAAACCGAUGGUCAUACUUGUAGUCAACAAUCACGGUGGUGCAAUUUUUAGUCAACUGCCGGUUGCAAAUACGACGGAUAGAAGUAUACUGGAUCAGUUUUUCUACACGACUCACGAUGUAUCGAUACGUCAUCUAUGUUCGGCACACGGAGUGAAGCAUGUACAAGUGCAAACGAAAACAGAGUUGCAAGAUGCAUUGUUCGCAUCUCAGAGAGAAAAUGCUGACUGUGUAGUGGAAGUUGAGAGCGGAAUUGAUACAAAUGUCGAGUUUCACAGUAAUUUGAGGAGUUUUACUCGCCAAGCUUCUGAUCAUGCUCUAAGCAUACUCUCGAAGCUUUCAGUUGAAGAUUCCACCUUGCACUACAAAAUUAGUAAAAUGGAAUAUUCUUUGUACCGGGUUAAGCUAAACGCUCCAACUACAGCAGCUUCUCGAAAUUCCAACACCACCACUUCUUACAGAGAAGGCUUUGUUAUAAGUCUGUUUCUCGAAGAUGGUAGUAUUGGAUUUGGCGAGGUGGCACCUCUUGAAAUCCACAAAGAAAACCUGCACGAUGUGGAGGAGCAGCUUCGUUUCCUCAUUCAUGCCAUGGAAGGAAACACGAUCGAUAACAGCCUACCUUUACUGAAGUCGUCAAUUUCUUCUUGGAUAUGGAACAACUUAGGAAUUCCACCAGGUUCGAUCCUUCCCAGUGUCCGAUGCGGCUUAGAAAUGGCUAUCCUCAGCGCAAUUGCAAGUACACAUGGCACCACUUUAUUGGAUAUAAUUCAUCCACAAAAAGACGAAAUUUCGAAGAAUUCCUCUCCGGUUCAAAUCUGUGCUCUUAUUGACUCUUACGGAACUCCAAUGGACACAGCUUUCGUAGCAUCAAACCUCGUCGCGGAGGGUUUUACCGCCAUUAAAAUAAAAGUUGCUCGUAGAUCAGAACCCGAUGAAGAUAUUGCUGCAAUAAAAGAGGUGAGAAAGAAAGUGGGCCCGCAUAUCGUACUCCGUGCGGAUGCAAAUAGGAAAUGGACUUACGAUCAAGCCGUUAAAUUCGCUCACUCCGUCAAAGAUUGCUGCUUGCAGUAUAUUGAGGAGCCUGUUAAUGACGAAAAUGAAAUAGUCAGAUUUUGCGAAGAAACGGGCUUAGCAGUUGCGUUGGAUGAAACCAUCAACUGUAUAAGAGAGAAUCCUCUUCGGUUUCUUGAGAAAUACAUCCACUCAGGAGUAACUGCUAUUGUAAUCAAACCAAGUGUUAUUGGAGGUUUCGAAAACGCAGCAUUGGUUGCACGGUGGGCUCAGCAGCACGGUAAAACGACAGUCAUUAGUGCUGCAUUCGAAAGUGCUCUCGGUUUAUCUGCCUACAUCCAAUUCGCCCGUCAUCUCGACCUUCAAAACUGUGAAAUGCAGAAGCUAACGAACAAAAAAUCGGCACCAAUCACAUCUCACGGUUUCGGAACCUACAAAUGGUUCAACGAACAAGUAACGGAAUAUUCUCUAAACAUCCGUCACAAUCCAAAUCACGGCUGUGUGGAGGCAGACGCUAUCGAAGCCGGUCAAUUCCUCCAGAAAUGUCGUCUAAAUCCUGAUAUAGUCGUCAGAACCUUUCUUGCUGACCAAGUCAAGGAAUACCAAUUAGCGGUCGAUUCAGGUGGGGCCCACUAUUCGAUAAAUGUGGUCGAGACUGGUGAAAGCAUUGAUGGUACAACGGUGGUGUUUCUGCAUGGAUUUCUCGGGACUGGCGGAGAUUGGAUGCCGAUCAUGAAAGCCGCCUCGAUCUCCGCCAGGUGCAUUGCCGUUGAUCUUCCAGGUCAUGGUGGAUCGAAGCUAAAACAUCAUCAGGGAAUCGACGGUUCAGAUCGACCGGAUUUAUCAAUGGACGUGGUGGUUGAUAUCAUACGCAAGGUGUUGGAUAAUCUUACUUCCGAAAAGGUCAUACUUGUCGGGUACUCAAUGGGAGCUAGGAUAGCUUUAUACUCCGCCCUAAAAUACAGUAAUAAGGUUGAAGGGGCUGUAAUAAUUUCUGGAAGCCCGGGUUUGGUAGAUGAAGAUUCGAGAGAAAUUCGUAAAGCUAAAGAUGAGUUUAGAGCUAGCACACUCGUCUCAAAUGGCUUACGAUUUUUUACCGAGGCUUGGUAUGCUGAAGAACUGUGGGCUAGUUUAAGAGGCCAUCCACACUUUAAGCAGAUAGCGAAUAACCGUUUGCAGCAUGACGAUUUGCUAACUCUAGGCAAAGUUCUGUCCGAUUUAAGUAUCGGAAAACAGCCAUCAAUGUGGGAAGAUCUGAAGCAAUGCAAAGUGCCACUCCAGCUUAUAGUGGGAGAAAAGGAUGCAAAGUUCAAGGCAAUCGCUCGUGAGAUGCAAACGAAGAUCGGACACGAAAACGGAAUUGCUAAUCCCACACCGGUUGUUGAAAUUCCAGAUUCUGGACAUGCUGUACAUCUCGAGAAUCCUCUUGCCGUUAUCGCUGCUAUAAAUCGGUUUAUAAAGAGAGGGAACUAAGAACACGUAAUUUCUUUCGGAAAAAAAUAAAAAUAAAAAUAAUAACGUUUUGAUUGUUUCGUUGUCUCCAACCAUAGACAACUUACUUUUUUUUUUUUUUUUUUUCUAUCUGCUGUUGUAUGAGCACCGGUAUAAAAUGUGCUCCUUUUUUCUAUCUGUGUUUCGAGUUUGAAUUU